CACAAACUCCUCAGAGGUAGAAUCACUCAACAAUCGCAGACCCAUUUUUCACACGGAGAGAGAGAGAGAGAUGGAGAAGAAGAGCAUAAGUAUGGUAGUGGGCAUGAUCUUGUUGCUUGUCUCGUCCAUGUUUGGUGAAUUUGAAAGCAGAUCCCUACGAUCAAAGGGAACAGAGAUGAACGGCUGUGAUCAACCGCCAACGCCACCACCUGAGCCAGUCGGUGGUUUUGGCUCCUUCUUGGCGGCGGCGGCGGCGAACAAUUCCGGUGAUCGGCGAUUAACGAGGAGUUUUGCUUUCCGGUUAGCUUCGGGGCCAAGCAAGAGAGGACGCGGACAUUGAAACUUUUUUUUUAUUCUUACGAGUUCAAAGAUUUGUAUUCAAAAGUAAAUCUAUACGUGUUUUGUUUUGAUUCAUUUAAUGUGGUGUAAAUCAUAUAAAUUUAUUAUAAGAAAAUGG